GGAAAUGUAUGUUUUACUCGAUAUCCACUUCUGGCAUCAUCUGUCCAAUAGUUUGUCGAUGAACUAGUUCCAAAGAACACUUGUUGAUGAAGCCUCUCAUAAAUUGUUUAUACUUUCGAUAAGCGGGUCGGAAUUGCGUGGGCUUUGGGAGAAGAUGGUUUUCAAGUGCCAGGAGGACAGCUUCUUGAAGCAGUUCAAGACAAAAGUCGUAAGUAGCGAGUUUGCCACCUUGGAUUGGACGACUCCCAACGGAGAAGUCGAGAAGCUGAAGGGUUUUCAUGUAAUCUGCGAGGACACGAUACUGUUUCCCGAGGGCGGAGGCCAGCCCUGCGAUUACGGAACUCUCGGAGGAUUCCCCGUAAGAAAUGUGCAGCGGAAGGGAUCAGAGGCUGUCCAUUUCGUCGAGGCUCCAGCGAGCUUUGAGCAGGAUGCGGAAGUCCUUUUGACCCUCGACUACCAAAGGAGGCUGGACCACAUGCAGCAGCACUCGGGCCAGCAUCUGAUCACCGCACUCUUCGACCGGGAGUUCAAAUACGACACUACCUCGUGGUCCCUGGGCUCCAGUGUCUCUUACAUCCAGUUGGGCACACCGCACUUAAUCAGCCGCGAGUCGCUGGACCUCAUCGAGCGGCAGGCCAACGACCUUAUCCGAGAGGGCCGCGAGGUGACCGUGCUUCUGGUGGACCCCGAGGUAGCCCAGGAGUUCCAGGACGCUAGAGCACCGCGGGGGCUGCCUAAGGACCACGAGGGUCUAGCCAGGGUGGUGCGAAUCGAGGGCAUCGAGAGCAAUAUGUGCUGCGGCACUCACGUUACAAAUCUCUCCCAGCUGCAGUGCGUCAAGCUUCUGUAUGCCGAGAAGGUCAAGACCCAUGUCCUGGUCCACUUCGUCGUGGGCGAGAGGGUUCUGGGGAAACUUGGGGAGGUCUUUCAGCGCGAACAGCAACUCACACAGGCUCUCAAAGGUGGUCCUAGCCAACACUUAGAGCUCGUGCAGAAGCUGCAGCAGAAUGUGAAGUGCUCCCGAAAGUACCUUCAGCAGCUGCUCAAGGACUUCGCGACUGCCGAAGCAGAGCGGCUGGAGAAUCUGGCCCAAAAGGAGCGGCCCAAGUUCUUCGCCCUCCAUCGACGCGAUGGCAUCGAGGUGGACUUCAUCAACACGUUCUUGAGGAUGGCACCCGAGGGAAUCUUUUAUUUUCUGACCGUUUCAGAGGGCGUCUCCGCUGGCAGCAGUGCCAAAGGACACCUGGUUCUACGCGGGGAUCCGGAGACAGUCGAGAAACUGGGCCCCCAGUUCGUGGAACUGCUCGAAGGCAAGGGAAACGGCAAGGAGGGCAGCUUCCAGGGCAAGAUUAACAACCUGGCGCGGCUGCAGGACUGCCAGGAACUGCUGGAGGCGCAUUUUAAACCAAAAAGAGUAGUAGAAGCUCCGCCAGCAAAGCCUGAAAAUGGUACCGAGGUGGAAAACGUGGAGUAAAGAUGUUUGCUGUCGUUCAAUAUACAAUAUUUGUAUAGUAUUAAAAUAAAUGUAACCCACGAUUUCUUUUACCAAAAA